UUUGUUUAGGCAGUAGGGAGGUUCUGUCUGGGUCUGGAUUGGAGUAACAAAGAACCGGACCCUACUUUUUAUGGUUGGAGUCUGAGGAGUAAAAACAGGAUUCCCCUUGCCUCAAAGAGUCUACAUGUCUAAUAUUUAGACAUGUUCAGCUUUGUGGAUAUUCGGUUAGCGCUGUUGCUAAGCGCAACAGUGCUAUUGGCAAGAGGUCAAGGAGAGGACGAUAGUAAGUAUCACUUUAUAUGAGAUUAUGGGACACAGGGACGCUCGCAAGAACAAUGGAUAGCGCGUAAAUGGAUGUUGCGCAACUUUCUAUUAUGUUUGGGACGAUGUAAAUGACGCUUACCUACCCUGUGGCACACCUGACGUUAAAUUGUCAGCAAACAUCAUCAAAAGGGUUAUACUAUUGCUUUUGGAGCUCCGAAGCUCGAUGCAUUGAACAAGGAUUGUAUAUUUUUCUGCUUCCAUGGCUGAGCGUUCCCUGGCGUGCAGACACAUGUUCAGUGAACCCCUGCUCUCGCUGUUCACGCGCUAUUUCAUGUCCUCCGGCAAGGGAAAUUCUAGCUGCUGCAAAAGCUUGGAUGCGCAAUGAUGACAUGAUGUUAAGAUGGAAUUGGAAUACAAUACAAAUAUACAAACCACUUGAAACAAUUAUAUUACUUAUGUUAAAUCAAAAUAAGCAAUAAGGAAAUGUUUUUCAGAAAAAAAGCUCAGAACAAAAUAUUAUUCUCCUUCUCAUAUCACCCAAAUCUAGGAAUUAUAUUAUGUACAAUAGCAACAACGAAUUGUGCCAGGACUGGAUCAAGCUCCUGAAAGUUUAGGCAAUAGGAAAGCCAAGCCUUAUUCCUCAUUAGCCUACUAGUAUAAAUGGAAGUUUGUAGCCUAUUUAAUAAACUUCAUGGCAUCUACAAUAAGACGUUUCCAUUGCUUGGUUUAUAAUAACUUUAAACCUGGGAGGCUAAUUAAGUGAAAAUAGUUGUACUAUGACGUCUUCAGUGGAAUUGUCUAGACAUCAAUUUAUCAGAUUGGGUGGGUAUAGUUAGGGCGGUGUGUCGGUGGAUUAUAAUGUCAUUGUACAGGCUUGGAGCGCAGCUCUGUGGCAGAUAUUGGAAAUGUAGGCCUCAUCACCAGAAUGACAAGACAAGCCUGGGCCGACUGCCCAAAUCCCCACAUGACCCCUUGCCAGUGGGCCUUUAUUGUAGGCCCACUGUAGGCUACAGGCCUUUCUGAUGUUAGCUAUAGGCCUAGGCCUACUUCAUAUUAUUUCGCUUGUGGUUCAAAGUUCAAACAUAGGCCUUGGUAAUUGUCAUUACACAUUAGGCAUGCCACAAAGCAUUUCAUGUCAUUUGGAAACUUUUUUAUGUUUCGCAGGGGCGGCUCCCCCAUUUUCACCGACCACUUUACAACUCCCAUUAGACAUCCCCAUGGCCUUUGGCCAAUGCUGGUCUACUGCAAAGGCAACAACCAGUGCAACACAAUAGGACAUUCAGUUAAUUUAUGACUAUAGUUUGGAAAACAAUGAAGGGAAAACCCUGUCUCUGUAGGCUACUUUCUGUUAAGAAUUCUCUAAAUCUAAGAAAUAUCUAAGAGAUUUUCUAGUUGGCCCUUGGGAUGUUGGUAGGUCUUAUCAAUCUUAGGCCUAUGUCAUUAAUUGAGAGUGGCCUCCUAGGAUCCUACAUUAGGCCUACCUGUGGCAGGACUCCGAGUUUCACAGUCAUGACUGGUUUGCUAUUUUAGAAUUUUUCCUGCAUUGUGUCAUUCUUAUUCAAAUACGUUUGGGUCUAGCCUACAUCUUAGUAGCAGUAUGCCUACACAGUUUGUUCUGUUGAAAUAAUGUAUCAUUUUUAUUUUUAUUUUUAGUCAUUUAGCAGAUGCUCUUAUCCAGAGCGACUUACAGGACCAAUUAGGGUUAAGUGCUUAGUGUUAAGUGCCUUGCUCAAGGGCACAUCGACAGAUUUUUCACCUAGUCGGUUCGGGGACUGGCACAAUGCUCUUAACCACUAAGCUACCUGCGGCCACUUUUAUCAGACAUAGUUUGCUUUUGAAAUGCUCACUUCUGAUAGGUCUAUUCAAUUGCCAUGUGACUUAUCUUGCGUCUCCAAAACUCUCAAUCUUUGCAGGCGGAUUCGGCAGCUGCUCGUUGGACGGCCAACAGUACAACGAUAAGGAUGUAUGGAAACCAGAACCCUGCCAGAUCUGCGUCUGCGACAGCGGAACCGUUAUGUGCGACGAAGUGAUUUGCGAGGACACAACCGACUGCGCCGACCCUAUCAUCCCCGACGGCGAAUGCUGUCCUAUCUGCCCCGAAAGCGAGGGUAGCCUACCUUUGAUGACCACUUACACCUGUGCCUUUGGUAGCGUUCUGGCGCCCCCAGUGGCACCAGUAGGCUGCAACGUUUCCAGUUAUAGACAGAGGGGAACAAAGGGAACCGGGCGGGCUUUACACAGCCUUGAACGCUGGCCAUAACUUAGAAUGGACUGUGGAUACCUUAUUGAGGAUAAGCAUUAAAAAAAUCACCUUGGAUAUUACUAUUGCUUUUCUUUUCCCCCCACCUUCUUUAUGAAUGGAUUAACCCUGUUCAAUGCUGGAGAUGUGGAUGUGCAGAUUAACUUUACACUCACAUCUUCUCAUAUAUAGGCCUAAUCAGCAUUAGGCCUGUGAUGCCUUCACACACUGCUAUAUAUGGGAUCCAGCAAUACAUUAAUUGUCAACACAGUAUUAUUGUACAUUGAGAAUCAUUGUUUUAUAGGAUACGUUUUUUACAUUUACAUCAUUUAGCAGACGCUCCUAUCCAGAGCUUUUACUACCAAGUUCAUGUUUGAUAUGAGUUUAUAAGGGGUAAUAAUAGUAUGAUCUCUUCCUCUUAAUUGAUUUCAUAGGUCCCCAGGUACCAGUGGUGCCUGAGCCAGAGGUAUUUAUGUACAUUUUACCACUAGUAUUGAUUGUGUUAAUUAUGUUAUUAUGUCAUGUUUUAUAUGUGUUAUAACACAUGUGUUAUUGUGUUACUAUGUCAGUGAAAAAUCAUAUUAUCAAUGCAUGACAGUUUUAAUAUUAUUGAAUAAUGAUUGAGCUCUGGCCUUCUUACAGGCAUCAUAAAUAAGCCCAUAUGUUCAUUAUGGUUCAUGUUUAUUCAAACUGUGAUACCUUUCAAAUAUGCUGUAGGCCUACCAUUUAACCCUCCACCAAAGGUUCAAUGCCUUAAUUUAUGCUAGGCCUACUGUACAUGUGUACUGACUCUAGUAGGUCAUAGCUCAGUAGGCCUACACCACUCUCAUUGAAGUGCAGUGAAAGGAGCACUGCAGCACACCUGAUUCUCUUCCUGUUGUUGUACAUCCACAGGGACCACAGGGAGGCGUUGGCCCCACUGGUGAUGAUGUAAGUUAUAAACUGUUUAUUUUCUGAAAUGAAAUGAAAUCAUAUAUUUAUAUAUAUACAUACAUAUGUACAUGUAUAUUAUACAUACAUGUAUAUACUUAUUCAUAUAUUUACUAAGGGUACAGUUUUUCCAUGAGAGACAUAGGGGUAAAAAUCACGGUGUAUUAGUGUCACUGAUUCUUUUGACGAAUCAUGGCUUUGUGGAAGUGGUGCUUGAAGUGGAGGUUGAGAUUUCAAUUGUAAAAUAUUGUAAACACAGGUGGGCAUUUCGGAAGGGGAGGAGCUGGGGUUUAGGCAAAGGCUUUGACUUAUCUGCUGUUUCUAUUCAGUACAGAUUUAAGCACCUCAGCACAGAAAAGCUAUUUUGCAGUAGAGUUAAUACUAUGUCCUUAUAACUUCUUAACUUACACCAAUCUUUCAAAAAAAGGAUUGACAUUAGUUUCUAGUGACUGGUAUGUAUUUUUCAAGGGUUUGACCUAUUGACCAAUCGACCUUUGGUUCAACUUUGACCUUUGCAUCACAGGUCACAGGUCAAGUGCUCCUGUGGGUGGUACAAUCCAGAUGUAGCUUUCUAGCACAUGGAGCCCCAGAUUCAAUCAUUUGAGAAUUUUUUUUGUGGGGAAAACAGCAGAGCCAGAACUGCUAUUCAUGGCAUGCACCACUUUUUCACCUCAAUCACCACUUUUAGGUCUAUACCAAUGGAAAUAGUCCUGCAUUUAUCUAAUACAGUGCAUUAGAUAGCACUGUAUUUGUCUAAAGCAGUGCUUACAGAACUGUAUUUAUCUAACUAACCCAGUCAUGGGUUGUUGAAGGCUGAGCUCUUACUGAGUAACUGCCAGUCCAUCUCUGACUAGCUGUGUAUCUGCCUGUCUGUCGAUCUCUCUGUCUUUGUUACUAAGAAGCUGUGUAUCUGUCUGUCUGUCCAUCUCUCCAGGGUCCUGAGGGUGUUCCAGGUAACGAUGGCAUGGAUGGCCAGCCUGGCCUGCCCGGCCCCCCAGGCCCCCCUGGACCUCCUGGCCUUGGUGGCGGAGUAAGUUACCUACAUGACAAAAUAAUAUCCAAAGGCUAUUUCCUGUGGAUAUUUACCAGUCACUACCAGUCUAGUACCAGAGUUAUCCGUAUCCAUGCUUUUUAGUACGCCUGAGAGGAAAUAUCAAUAGAUAUCUAAGUUAGAGAGUGGUGAGUGUAGCUCCCUGCUCCUUUCAGCACCAGCGGUGUGUGGACAGCUCCCUGGUUCGCUGCUCUAAGUCUAGCUUAUGGAGGAGUUAGACUAGAGACAGAAUACAGAGGCACACAAUAAACUGUUAUGAUUGUUGAGGCAGUUAGUAGUAGAGGGAGACUAUUCCUCCUUAUUAAUGGUGAUGAUAGUAGUGAAUAGCCACAUUGUAUGAUUCAUUGUUUAAUCUAUCAAGCUGUUAUUUCACCCUCUGACUAAGGUGCAUCCCAAAUGGCACCCUAUUCCCUAUGUAAAACUUACAACUUUUAGAAAAAAUAUGAUUAUUUCUUUCCUUUCCUGCAGAACUUCUCUCCUCAGAUGCACCAUGGUUAUGACCAGAAAUCCAGCGGUGGCCAGGCCCAACAGGGACCAAUGGUAUGAAUGUCCUCUUCCUGUCUUCCUCUGUGCUGUUUUAGUGAUCAAAGUGGAGCCACAUUUCCAGGCUAAAUUGAACUAAGAGGUCUGGUCUCAGGCAGUAUCAGAGUACCAUUGUGAACUGUACAUUUCUGUUGUCUGGAUUCAGAAAUGCACAACCAUUAUGUAUGUGGUCUAUUACCAAACCUCUACAAAAGCAGUCUUCAGAGCAGUGUUUAAGCUAUAUAGUUUAAGCUACCAAAUACUUCACAAUGGAAGAAGUUAAGCUACGCAACAAAAAAAUAUAUAGUUCUAUAGUUACUUUGAAAAAGUAUUUCACUACAUCCAAACUACUUCGUGAAAAAAUAUCAUAUCUAAAUCUGAAAUGUCAUAGACUACAUAUUGCAAGGUCAGAUCACUCUGGAGUCAGAUGUUAACAGAAUGUGUAAUUUAGCCUAUUAAACACAAAAAAGGUUUAAUUACUAGUUGAACUACAUACAAAACCAUUUGGACGCUACAGACAGAAGUUGACACAUCAGCUGUACCGACUUCAGACAAGUCCCGUGAAGCUUGUGGGGGUUGUAGAGCAAAACCACCUUUCAAUUUCUUUAUUAUACUGAUUAGGUUUCCGCGGGUGCGCGCACAUCGACUCUAGCUGCAUGGUAUUGCUGUUUUUGAAGAUCAUGGAUCCUGUCAUAGUUAGGUAACGAUUGCCUAUGCAGUGUAGUUUAUACUAAGCUAGUGCUUAUACAGUACGAUGCUUUUAGGUUUGCAGUAGUCCUCUGAUAGUGAUUGCUCACAAUGAUCAGCUAUGUCUUUUAUCCUUUAGAUUACAAUACCUCACAUAUUCACUUUAUCUCAAUCAAAGGAGGUAAAGUACUGCUACAAAUGGAAUAAUUGAUUAAUUGACUAAUUGGUUGUUGUGUUUUCCAUCAGGGCCCAAUGGGUCCCCGUGGUCUCCCUGGCCCACCAGGCAACACUGUAAGUAUCCUUUCAUGUAUUGUCAACAACAACAACCUCACUCAUUUCAUGUUUAUAAGAAAAAUAAUGAAACAUUUAUUUGCAUCUCUGUUUACUAUACCAGGUAAGUUCUCAUGUCAUCAGUUCCCUCUGAACAUAAUAUGUCUAAUGAUGUGAAAAUCAUCCCAGUUAUAAAAAUUUUUGUACAUACAUUUAUAUAGUAUACAGUGUAGUGUAUUUAUAUUUGUCUUAAGUAAUUUAUAUCUUAUAACAAUACUUCUUAUAUGGCCGGAUUCCCGGACAGAUUAACCUUGAUCCUGGACUAAAAAUAUAUUUCAAUGGAGAUUCUUCAUUGAGCAUGUUUUUCAGUCCAGGAAAACCGGGCCAUAUUUCUUAUAACAAAAGUGCAUAUAACCCGUGUCACAUGGUCGGAUCUGUGUUCCUGUCUCCACCAGGGUCCCCCCGGUCACCAUGGUCCCCCUGGCGAGCCCGGUGAGCCUGGUGGUUCUGUGAGUAUACAAAAAUGACAACUUCCUGUUGAUUUAAAUAUCAACUGACACACAUUCACACAUUCGGAACGCACCACUUCCUGUCCAUCACCAACAGUUGUAGUAGCAACCUGCCCAUAACCCCAAAAAAUAUGCACUAGCAACCUUUGCAAAGCAACAUCAACACACAAAAUCAUCCAUUUUGAAAGGACACAUACAUCCACUCAUCUUUGUUUGUUCCCUGUAGGGUCCCAUGGGUGAACGUGGUCCAAUGGGCCCCCUUGGCAAGAACGGAGAUAAUGUACGUUAUGUUUUUCGCACAAUCUCAACUUUCCUUCUAUUUCAUUCCAUUUGUCAGAUCUGUAGCUCGAAAACCAUGUUCAUUUGUUAACACAGUAAACACAGAACUCAACAUAGACUUUUCUAGUUUUCCCCGUUUGCAACUUACACCACAAUAUUUUCCCCCACUGUAUAUUGACAUGUUAUCAUUACAUCAUUACAUACAUUUUAAUAAUAUAUAUAAUAUAAUCAUAAUAAUUGUAUCAUCCCUUUUUUAUGCAGUUUUUUAUGCCACAUUAUUUUCACUGUUUGCCAUUAGCGGCAGAAUUGUUUACAGGGAGAGGACAUCUCUGUCUCUGUGUCUCUCCAUUAACAUCUGUCUCCAUCUCUCCUCUCUACUCUACAGGGUGAGCCUGGCAGGUCUGGUCGCCCCGGUGAGCGUGGCUCCGCUGGCCCUCAGGUGAGUGGCCCUCUAACCCUAUAGGUCAAGGAUCAGAUGCUCCUGUCAAAACAGACCUGGUUCAUAUCAGUAAAGGACCUACAGGGCAGUUUUCCUUUGACCAUAAUCAUACCCAAUGUGUGUUUGAUGAGAACCAUUCUAAUAGACUACGGUAAAAGUACAUAACCACUAAUACAAAGAGAGGUUAGUUUCAGCACUGAAAAGGCAUACAUGAAGAAUGAAGACUAUUUGCUUUAUGUCCACAACAUGUUUUCUUCUCCUUUCCUACAGGGUGGUCGUGGAACCCCCGGAACUCCUGGCCUCCCCGGCAUCAAGGGACACAGAGUGAGUAAUAUAAGGAGGAGGAGGGACAUGAGGAUGCUCCAGGGUGAAGUUUCCCCUAGGUACAGAUCUAGGAUCAGCCUUUCCCUCCCCAAAUCCUAUCCCUAACCAUUAGUAUGGGAAAUGUAUAACUGACCCAAGAACAGCGACUUGGGGCAACUUCACCCUACUCCCAUGAUGAUAUGACGGCCAUGACACUACCACUUUCCUACAUUACACUCCUAACCAUACAGAAUGACACCAGACCUAAAAAAUGCUCUUUGAUUUCCUCCUCAGGGUUUCAACGGUAUGGAUGGAGCCAAGGGAGACGGUGGCCCAGCUGGCCCCAAGGUUAGAGGUCUAUCUAAUGAUAUCUAUCACCAUGUGAGUCUAUCAUUACCUGUUCUGGAGAACUCAUCUGUCCCCCGGUGUUUUGUUACUCUUUUUCUCUCUAUCCCUCUGACCACAGGGAGAGGGUGGUGCCCCUGGAUCCAACGGUAACCCCGGUGCUAUGGUGAGUAUCCUGUUCAUAUGACAAAUACACAUUGAUUUAAUUGAAGUAAAGCGCUCGUCUCAAUAAACAUAUCAGAGGCCUUUAACUCUCAGGAACUUUAAAGAUAUCAACCUGCCUUCCAGUAAUAGCAAAGACUGAAUAAUGUCAGUUUUUUUAACAAAACGUUAUGGCUCAGUGAAAGUAGCCAGCCACAGACAUUGUUUAGUCAUUACUGUACUAUCUAGCAUUACUGAACUCCCUCUGCUUCCCCCCUCUUGUCUCCCCAGGGUGCUCGUGGUCUUCCUGGUGAGAGAGGCCGCCCCGGACCCGCUGGCUCUUCUGUAAGUACCACACUUCACUGCCUUCACUGUUCAUUUGAUUGAUAGAUUGAUUGAUCACAUGAAUCGCAGCAAAACCUUAGACACUAUCUCAAAUGACACAGAAAAGUCUGAGACUUGAGACUUUUCAUGUUGAUGUAUUGCUGCAAUACCCCUAAAUAUCAACUCCUGUCUAUAAUGUGCAGUAUGCUUACCCUUGUUCACCUGGCCAAUAUGCUUUUUCUUGUUCUUAUCAGAACCAGAAAUAAACUGAAUUGAUAAUAAUUCCCCCCUACUUCUUCCUCUAGGGUGCUCGUGGUAACGAUGGUAACUCUGGUCCUGCUGGAUCCCCUGUAAGUAUUUGUAUUACUGGUGACUAACCUGUCAACCUGUCAAAGCAAUUCAGAUUACCCCACUCAGUGUCAUGUGUUGGUCCUGACUAUGUGAAUUUAACAAAUGUUUAUUUUAUCUUUCCAGGGACCCACUGGCCCAUCUGGUGCCCCUGGAUUCCCCGGAGGUGCUGGAGCUAAGGUAUGUCAUACCCUCCACCCCUAACCCCUAACCCUAACCCACUUGUUGCGUCCCAAUUCUCAGAAAGUGUGCCCUUGUACAAUCCUCACCAUGCAUUUUGAAAGCAUUGGAUAGAGGCAGUUUCACCCAUAUUUCUUACACCAGGCCUUUCCUCUCAAAUCCAUGAAGGAAAGUGAACAAGUACACUCUUAAGGCAGAAGGGGAGAGAAUUGGGAACCAGAUUGAGAACCUGAGCUGAUAUAGGCAGUGGCCACCAGAUGGCAUAUGUACACCUCAUGUGGUUCUGUCCUCUUACUGUAGGCUACUGUAUAGAGUGAGAGGAUAAUAAUAAUAAUAUGCCAUUUAGCAGACGCUUUUAUCCAAAGCGACUUACAGUCAUGUGUGCAUAAAUUUUUACGUAUGGGUGGUCCCGGGGAUCGAACCCACAACCCUGGCGUUACAAGCGCCAUGCUCUACCAAUUGAGCUACAGAGGACCACAGGAUGAUGAAAUCGUACAGAAUAUGAAUGACAUAAAAACAACAAAUGAUUAAUUAUCUUCCUACAUUCCUAUGCACACCCACCCACCCACCCACAAAUACACACCUGCACACACACACACGCACACACACACACACACACAAACAAACACACACAGCCUCCCUCUCCAUCCCUCUACACACACACACACCGGUAACAUCAGUCACAAAGACUGUAAACAUCCAGUAUCUAUACGCCCUCCUAAUUCCCUCUCCGGUGCCCCUCUUAGGGAGAGACUGGUCCUCAAGGAGGACGUGGCUCAGACGGACCCCAAGGAUCUCGAGGAGAGCCCGGUAACCCCGGACCCGCUGGUGCUGCUGGACCCUCUGUGAGUACUGUUGUGCAUGACGUAUGGUUGGCCUGAUAUGCUUAUAUGUCCUUAUCUUACAACUGUAGAUCCUUAUAUACUGUAUAUGUGUAAAUGCUAAUGGUUGACCUCAUAGUGCACCAUCUAACCUCUGACCCCUGAAGUUUACUGUAAUAUAAUGUCCCCCCCCCCCUCUCUUCCCCUCUCUCUUCCUCUCUUUUCUUCUCUUCUCCUCUAACCAAACAGGGUGCCCCCGGAAGUGAUGGCCAAACAGGAGGCAAGGGUGCCACUGUAAGUAUGAGCCAUGUGGAUACAUCAAACUGAUUGUUCAGAUGAUCUGUGAUUGAUUAUGUUCAAAUUAAUACUUAAUAUACAAAUGAUAAUAUAUGCCACUUAGCAGAUGCUUUUAUGCAAAACAACUAACAGUAUAGUAUAGUACAUACAGGUACUGGUGCACUAACGUGUCUCCUCUUGUCCGUCCCAUAGGGUGCUGCUGGUAUCUCUGGUGCUCCUGGUUUCCCAGGAACUCGUGGCCCCGCUGGACCACCCGGAUCUGGUGGUAGCCCCGGCCCCAAGGGUAACCAGGUGAGUACCACUGUUACGAUCACUAUUUUGUAUAUUGGUCAAAUAGCAUUUAAUGUAUGCGUUCGCUGUACUGCAUUAUUUUGUUAUGUGCUAUUUUGAUCAAGCAGUCGUGGCGAGUAUUGCUUUGUAAAUUGGUACAACACAAAAUUCAAUAGAACGCAGUCAUUUAAUGCAUCUCUAUGGGGUAUAAAAACGAUUAAACAUUUGUAGCACUUCACUCCAUUUUGUGAUGUGUAAUAUUGACCAGGAAGUAGUGGUGUGUUACCUGAUGGGAUUUGUUUGUUUGUUUUCCCUUACAGGGUGAGCACGGAGCCCAAGGUUCCAAGGGAGAGCCCGGUGGAAAGGGAGAGCCUGUAAGUUUGCAAUGAACUCAAUGAUAUAUCACCUAUGGAAACACAAUCUUGCACACUGUAUUUAGCAAGCAGCUUACCAUGUCUCAAUACAUUUAGAGCCGGUAUCCGGGACACAGAUUAAGCAAGCCCAGUACUGGACCAAAAAGCAUCUUCACUAGAGAAUCACAAUUAAUAUAGCUUUUUUGUCCAGGAUUAUGCUUAAUCUGUGUCUGGGAAAGCGGUCUCUAACCCAGGUGUAUACACCUGUUUCUUCUGAAGGUAUUGUUGGACAGGUGAGUUUACUGUACUAUGGGUCUGGUCUCAUAUCUGACCCCUCUGUCCUUUCCGCCUCUUUCUCCAACCAGGGUUCCGCUGGUCCUGGGGGACCCCCUGGACCCUCUGGUGAGGAGGGAAAGAGAGGCGCCCGUGGUGAGCCCGGUGGAGCUGGUGGUGUUGGACCCCCUGGAGAGCGUGUACGUUAACCACCUCUGACUCCUCAGCCCCCUUCUCCCAUGUCAGAUAACCCUUCCCUGAAGUGCCCCUACUCAAAAGAAAUGUGUCUACACAGACAGAUUCAUUUUAACGUUGUAUUUUGUUUUCUCCAUAUGAUUACAGUAAAUUAAAAUUGGGGGAGGGGGGGGAUUUGAAAAACCAUCAACCAACCAUCAGAACCUCAGCCACCAGUCUAUACUACUUAGAGCCUCAGCCACCAGGCUAUACUACUUAGAGCCUCAGCCACCAGUCUAUACUACUUAGAGCCUCAGCCACCAGUCUAUACUACUUAGAGCCUCAGCCACCAGUCUAUACUACUUAGAGCCUCAGCCACCAGGCUAUACUACUUAGAGCCUCAGCCACCAGGCUAUACUACUUAGAGCCUCAGCCACCAGUCUAUACUACUUAGAGCCUCAGCCACCAGUCUAUACUACUUAGAGCCUCAGCCACCAGGCUAUACUACUUAGAGCCUCAGCCACCAGGCUAUACUACUUAGAGCCUCAGCCACCAGUCUAUACUACUUAAGCCCACAAACCAUCUGCAUACUGUAGAAUACGAUGAAUUCCCAGGGGACAGUGUUUGUCAGUUGGGAGCCCUGACUUUGUGAUAUGGUGUGCCUGUGCCAUGGUCCCAUGUGUAUGUUCCCAUGUGUAAUGUCGGUUCUGUUUCUUCCAACAGGGUAUGCCUGGUAUGCGUGGUUUCCCCGGCUCUGAUGGAGCUGCCGGUGGCAAGGUGAGUCAAUAGUCAAAUAUAAUAAUUAUUAUUAUAUAAUACCAUAAUAAUAUGUGUACAUUGUGUACACAACCAAUACACUUUGAUUUUAUUUUUAUAGUUAAUAAACUAUAAAUCCAUGUCUAAGAAACAUGACACCUGGUGUAGAGUGAAGCACCAUGUUUGGUCAUACAUUAAAUGAAGGAGCACUGUAAGCGUCAUAGCAGAACAUUGUAUUAAACCUAUAGCCUCAUUUUAUUCAGCACAUAAGCUAAAAUAUCCUUAUCCUUAAAUAUGCUGGCUGUAUGUCUCCUGAUGGUUACCCUCAUAGAGCACUAUUUCAUCUCUGAGCUCUGAAGCUUACUGUACUGCUUACCUAUCAAAACUUGACGCAGACAUCACCAAUUGACCUUCCCAUGUGAUAGGGUGGCCCUGGUGAGCGUGGAGCCAAUGGACCAAUGGGAGCCCAAGGUGCCACUGGUGAGGCUGGUCGUCCUGGCGAGCCUGGCAUGCCCGGAUCCAAGGUGAGUGUCACCUGUCCACAUCUCUCUCUCUUUCUUUCUCUCUCCUUCUCUUUCUUUCUCUCUCUCUAACCUUCUCUCUCUCUCUCUCUCUCUCUCUGAUAAGAUACUGUGCUAAGACUGGUGUAAAAUAGUGGAGCAUUGUAAAAACCAACCAUCAAUUCACCAUGUGACCUUUAACUUUACUGUAAGAGCAUGCACAGUUUAGUACAUUAUAUAUUAUAUCAUUCACAUAGAUUUUGUACAGACUUGUAGUUUUUGAGUAUUGUAACCUGUAUUCCCAGGUAGAAUGUCAUCUAAUGUGUGCUGUUCUCUCCCUGCCUGCUUAAGGGUAUGACUGGUAGCCCUGGCAGCCCUGGACCCGAUGGGAAAGUUGGCCCUGCUGUAAGUACUACUGACCUAUUCACCACAAACUCAAUGCAUACUUAAUUACUAUAUUAUUAUUAUGAUAUAUAAUAAACUAUAUUGGCAAGAGGACAUUAUCGAGAGGAUUUAACACGUUUUAACCUCCACGUCCCUUAGUCAUAAUGCAUGUGGUAGUCAUUUCAUUUGUUCAGUCUGGAGGCCACCGAACCCUUUGAUAACCUGUGUGAUCCUUCUCUUCUCCUGAUGUACUGUAGGGUAUCACUGGAAACGAUGGUCGCUCCGGACCCCCAGGCUCCUCUGGAGCCAGAGGUCAGCCUGGAGUCAUGGGAUUCCCCGGACCCAAAGGACCUGCUGUUAGUAAACAACCAAGCUAACAAACAUACCAACAAAUAAACAUUCAUUUCCCUCCUAAAUAGUUUUUACAAACUAAUUAUUUUCACAGUACUAUUUCAUAUACUGAGCAAAUGAGAUGAAUGGUAGGGGUGGUGUAUUCAGUGUGUUUUCUGACACACUGUAUAGUAUAUGAAUAUAUAGUAAAUGUUGUCUGUCUCUUCCAUAUAGGGUGACAACGGCAAGCCCGGUGAGAGAGGUGAAGCCGGAGCUGUUGGUGGUGUUGUAAGUAAAGCUAUACUUAGACCUGAAACAGAUAGGAUCAAUCAUUCAUACUGUAUCCUUUAUGCUAUAUGGGCCCAAUUUUUGACUGAAGUCCAUGUUGUCAACUUAUAUCAAGUCAGAAUAGGGCCCUUUGUCUAUAGGCCAGUGUGUCCUUUCUUGGGUUUGUAAUAGACUCCAUCUUGUUUCUGUCUAGGGUGCUCCUGGUAAAGAUGGUGACUCUGGUGCUCCUGGACCCCAAGGCCCUGCUGUAAGUGUUCACAAAUAUCUUUCUUAGAAUUAAUGGUACAUUUAGCCUCACACAUCUACAGUACAUUGUCUCCUUCAAUAUUGGAUUGUCUCUUAACACACUGAGACACCUUUGUAUGAAUCCACCCAGAAACCAUACUUAAACUGUGCGCUGAUAUAGUUCCCUUGUGUUCCAGGGUGCUCAAGGAGAGAAAGGAGAGGGUGGCCCUGCCGGACCUAAUGGAUUCCAAGUAGGUUACCAUUCACAAUCCUAACCUCCACAAUCAUUACUUGUCUCGAUAUUCAAAUUUCCAACCAAUAAUGUUACAUGUUGACCUGAAAUCUCAACCAUACCACUCCCAUCAUCCCUAUAGGGUCUGCCUGGAACUCAGGGAGCUACUGGUGAGCCUGGAAAGGCUGGUGACCAGGUAAGUAGUACCCUCCAUCACAGAGAUCCAGUAGGUUCUAUAUGCAAUUCUAUGCCCUCCAUGACGUAUUGAAUUGAUGGAAAAUUAGACCCUAUAUACUCCUGGAAAGCAAGUUUUUACCCAAAUGUAGUUGUUGAAGUCUAAUCAGCCACUAUUUAGCAAUGCAUUUCAUUAUGUGGCAACUAAAAAGGGCUAUAAAUACAUUGGAUUGAUUAAUCCCCUCUCCUCUGUCGCUCCACAGGGUGUGCCCGGUGAGGUUGGAGGUCCCGGCCCCAGUGGAUCCAGAGUACGUACAGUACAUUACAGCAGCUCUGGAUAGGAUCUGAGCCCCCAGAAGCUGCCAUCUAUCUAUAAGCUGCCUGCUUCAGUAGCUGUUCCAUUACAAACAUGAUGUUCACAGAUCUUCUCCCCUCUCCUCCCCUCUUCUCCUCCUCUUCUCCUCCCCUCUCCUCCACCUCCUCAGGGUGAAAGAGGUUUCCCAGGCGAGCGUGGUGGCACCGGAUCUGUUGGCCCCGCAGGACCUCGUGGAGCCAAUGGUUCUCCUGGUAACGAUGGUGCUAGGGUAAGAGAACACUGGAGAACACAGAUACAGAUUACAUCAUUGAUUAAAUCAUUCAGUUGGUCCUUAUGUUGACCCAAGGACUGAGAAUUACAUUAGGCCCCAUACAACCAUAUCAUUAGUGGUUUUCUUAUUUAUUUUUGCACCGCAACAAAUAUUUUUGUGGAUGUAACAUUUCUGUUGAUAUAUUAUUUUGUCAUAAUGUGAAAGGAGUUUUAAUGUAUGUGUCUCUGUCUACCAUCUCUGUCCAGGGUGAGACUGGUGCUGCUGGUGCCCCUGGUGGUAUGGGAGCUCCAGGUCUGCAGGGAAUGCCCGGAGAGCGUGGCUCAGGUGGCAACCCCGGGACCAAGGGAGAUAGAGGUGAUGGUGGCCCCAAGGGAGCCGACGGUGGCCCAGGAAAAGACGGCAUGCGUGGUAUGACUGGACCCAUCGGACCCCCCGGACCCCCUGGUGCUCAUGGAGAGAAGGUAAGAGCAAAGUGCUGUUUGGAUUAAACAGUUUGAUUACUCAGUAAACGAUGCAAUAGAAUUAGUUGAAAAACGAUUGUGUAGUUACAGCCUUGUUGUAUAACAGUAAAAAUCUAGUCUUAUCUCCGAAUAAAAUAAGUAUUUCAUUGAGACAAAUAUGAGAUAGUUCUAAUCUCACCUGAUUGCCACUCUCCCACUCUUUCUCUCUCUGUGUUUAGGGUGAGGGAGGUCUCGGUGGCCCCCCUGGCCCCACUGGAGGUCGCGGUUCCCCUGUGAGUAUCUUCCAAUGACACACUACAUGUUCACCUGCUUAUGACGGUGGUGUAAUACGCCGAAUAAUGGCACGCCAUUUCUCUUUAUCACACUGAAUAUGGCACAUUGCUGAAAUGCCUGUGUAUGAUCCGUUAUUAAGAAGAAAGAAAAAAUUGUUUAUGUAUACGUUUUUCUUUCCCAACCUCUGACCCUGUGUGUUUUCUACCCAUAAUCGUCUAGGGUGAGCGUGGUGAGCAUGGUGCCCCUGGACCAGCUGGAUUCGCUGGACCCCCUGUGAGUAGCAUCAUCACCCUGUCUGGUCCAGUCCACAACACUCUGAAGCUGGUCACAGUUCUGUUUCCAGGUGGAAUCCCAUAACCCAGUAAUGACCAGUAAUGACCAGUCCUUUCCACUUCUCUCUUCCCACUUCAGGGUGCUGAUGGUCAGCCUGGCAACAAGGGAGAGACCGGUAACAACGGCCCCAAGGGUGAUGCUGGUGCUCCCGGGCCCGGUGGACCUGUUGGUGCUCCCGGACCUCAGGUAUGGCUGUCUGUUGCUGUCCAAUCAGCUUUAACUCCUGACCCUCCAGACCCUCCCCACCAACUAGAACAUUUUAUAAUGUGUCCAACUCAUGCAAACUUAUAAUUUGUUUGAACUACAAGCUCAAAUUUCCAAGAUAGAUAGAAAUAGCAUUUUUCAUUUUGCAGUUUUUUCCUGAAUCAACCAAUUCAGGAACAGUUUUCAAAUAUACAGGACAAGUUACUUUUAGCUAACAGGGCACCCUUGUACAACAUAUAUAUCCUUAAAUGUACUGUAAUACAGUUACCGAUUGAAAUAGUCUCUCACCAUUAGGAGAAGGUGCUGAGGACUGAAUAGGUGAUGUGACUGUUAGUGUGUCCUGUGUUCCUGUCCUAAAUAAUAUAGUAAUGUUCAGUGCAAAUAUUUAUUAUCCUGUGUCCUAUUUAUUGUUUUUAUGGCCUAACUCCCUGCUGUUUGUGUCCUCAGGGUCCCGCUGGUAAUUCUGGUACUAAAGGAGCUCGUGGUGCACCUGGAUCCCCUGUAAGAACCUCAAACUUCUCCUUAAAUCAUUCAUAACAACACUUUUAAUUGCUUUAAACUGAACAGAAAUAUAUACAAAACAAAGAAUUGUAAAGUAUGUGUUUUUUUGUGAAAGCUAUUCUGUUAUCUCGUGUGUGUGUGUGUGUGUGUGUGUGUGUGUCCGUAGGGUGCUUCUGGUAUGCCUGGUCCCGGUGGAAGAGUUGGACCUCCUGGUGGAAGUGUAAGUUCAGAUAACCAAGGUCCUCCAUCUUCUCAACAAUCUAUCAAACAGUCCCAUUCAUGCAGACUGAAAAAUAUCAAGUUUGGCUUUUUGAGUUAAACAUCUUUAACUCACAUACUGUUAUCCUUUAAAAAAUGUGCUCUGAACAAACUCCCCUCAUCUCCUAAAUAUUUUCAGGGAGCCCCCGGACCCGCAGGCCCCCCCGGCCCCGCUGGUAAAGAGGGACAGAGGGGUGGACGUGGUGAAACUGGUAAUGCUGGUCGCCCCGGUGAGGCUGGAGCCGCCGGACCUCCAGGAUCCUCAGGACCCUCUGGAGCUAAGGGUAACGAUGGUCCGAUGGUAAGUAAAGUAAAGUAAACAUAUAUAAACAACAACAGCAGCAAUAAACAAAGUAGUAAACAGAACAACACAUCAAAUACUAAAGGGAUGAAGGGAUGUUAGGCAAAGCAUCACAAAAUAAAAUGAACCAGAUGACAAUAAAACAGAGAAAAAAAUACAAAUCAAAAUAUAUAAUGCUACUUUAUUUGUAUCAUAUGUAGUCAAAUUCAAACAAUGUUGAUGAAUCUCUUUAUAAAGGCUUGUUCUGGUUCUCCCUGCUGCAGUGAAUAACUUGUCAUUUUUGCCUCUGUCUGUCAUUUUUCUCCAGGGAGCCCCAGGAACCCCCGGACCUGGAGGUAUUGCUGGACAGCGUGGUAUUGUGGGGGGCCCCGGAGGAAGGGGACCCUCUGGUAAUGCAGGAACACCAGGACCAGCUGUGAGUGUUCCAUCAACAGCAACCCCCCAAAACACCGAACAUAUUACUCUUAACCGCUAUCAAAAGUAUUAACUCACAAAAAGAAUUACUUUAGUCUUAGCUUUGUCUCUACUCCCAAAGCCUUCACACUUGACACUUAACCCUUGACCUGUCCCUUGUCCUCUUUCAGGGAGAGCCCGGUAAGCAGGGACCUGGCGGCCCCGUCGGUGAGCGUGGCUCCCCUGGCCCCAUGGGACCCCCUGGACUUUCUGGUGCGCCCGGUGAAGCUGGUCGUGAGGGUUCCACUGGUCACGAUGGUGUUUCCGGUCGCGAUGGACCCCCCGGCUCCAAGGUAAGCCAUUAUCAAAGCGCUUUACAAUGUAAGGGAGGAAACUCACCUCAUCCACCAACUGGAAACUCACCUCAUCCACCAACACUUGUCCCCAUCACUGGUGACAUUAACCUGAUGGCUCUUUGUCUGUGUGUGUGUGUUUGUCCGUGUGUGUGUGUUCAUUGCAGGGUGACCGUGGUGAGAAUGGUCAUGCUGGUUCCCCUGGUGCUCCUGGACCUCCCGGUGCCCCCGGUCCCUCUGGUGCUUCUGGCAAGACAGGUAGCCGCGGAGAGACUGUAAGUACCUCUUCUCAUCAAUUUAGGGGUCGACUAUAGUAUCUCUGUAACUUUCAGGCCGAAGGCCUUAGAAACAUUUUGGACGUUUUGGACAUUUGUUGGACUAGCUCGCAAUGUUACCCUGACAUACCCUGUGAUAUGUCAAUGUUACCCUGACAUACCCUGUGAUACAUACCCUGUGAUAUAUAAAUGUUACCCUGACAUACCCUGUGAUACAUACCCUGUGAUACGUCAAUGUUACCCUGACAUACCUUGUGAUAUGUCAAUGUUACCCUGACAUACCCUGUGAUACGUCAAUAUGCAGUAUAUGACCAGAUUAGUGAAUCACCAUUCAUUCAGGUAUUAUUGAUCAUUUUUAGUAUAUGCAGUUAUUCUAUACACAUUAUCCUUGAUUCUCUCUCUUUCUCUCUCUUUCUCUCUCUUUCUCUCUCUCUCUCUCUCUCUCUCUCGCUCUCUCUCAGGGUCCUGCUGGUCCCGCUGGCCCUAACGGUCCUGCUGGUGCUCGUGGUGGUCUUGUAAGUUUGCUGUCAGCAUUUUGACAUCCAUACACCUUAACCUAAUGCAUUGUAAGGAUGUCCGAUAUUUAUUGACAGUGUUGAAUACCUGUUUGACCCCUUGGCCUAUUUCUGAAGGGACCUGCUGGUGCUCGUGGAGACAAGGGAGAGGCUGGAGAGGGUGGAGAGAGAGGCCACAAGGGACACAGAGGUUUAAAUGGCAUGCCCGGUCUUCCUGGACCCGCUGUGAGUAUACCAGGCUUAUUAUAUCAUACAACUCCUGACUAAUCUAAUGCAUCAUAUCUUACAGUAAGGUACCACUCUUUAUGGUUAUGUACUGCCAUUUUAAAAGUUGUGUUUAUUUGAUUUGAGGCAAUAAGGAAGCAUGCACAUUGUCUCUGUGUUGGAGAUCUGUUGUUCUCUAUGCUUUACCAUGGCUAAUGUAAUGUGUGAUUAAUGUGAUGUAUCUGGUUCUAGGGUUCCCCUGGUGAGUCUGGGCCUGCUGGACUUAACGGACCUUCUGGACCUCGAGUGAGUAUGACACCCACUUCAAGCCCAUCAAUAGAACAUGAAUCAUGGCUGAUAAUAUAAUAUACAUAUGUCAUGUUGUGUCUUUACCAUAACAACAAGAUUACACACACCAGAUUACGCAGGGAUUUCCUAUCUAUUCCUUUAUUAAAGUAAUGUUGCUUGUGGAAUGGAAGGAAUAGGACCACUGAUGAAGGCCAUUGAUGAAGGCUGAAAUGUCAAGUUGUUAAUAGUUGUUUAAAUAAAUAAUGGUGAGCGAGUGUUGUGCCUUUUCCUUGUCAAGGAAUAUGACUUCUAAAGGAGUUGUUGUCUCUGUCAUACAGGGACCCCACGGUUCUUCUGGCUCCCCCGGAAAAGAUGGCAUGAACGGUCUGCCUGGACCCAUCGGACCCCCCGGACCCCGUGGUCGCAAUGGAGAGAUGGGAGCUGCUGUAAGUCUCACACUGACCUCUUCCUUUCCUCCACAAGCACACACAGCCUUUGAGGCCAGAUUUGACCCCUUUCUAUCAUCUUCUUUCCUACCCAGGGUGCUCCUGGUUCUCCUGGUCUGCCUGGACCCCCAGGUCCCGCUGGCGGCGGCUUCCAUGUCGCACCGAUCUACAACCAGGAGAAGGGACCUGACCCCAUGCGUGGAGGAGGAUACCACUACCGCGCUGAUGAGCCUGACAUGAUGAACGACCGUGACAUGGAGGUGGACACCACCCUGAAGAGCAUCAGCCAGAAGGUGGAGAACAUCCGCAGCCCUGAGGGAUCCCAGAAGAACCCCGCCCGCAUGUGCCGUGACAUCAGGAUGUGCCACCCCGAGUGGAAGAGUGGUAAGUUCCAGGCUCAGUCCAGCUCACGCUCCAGACAGACACUGGUCAUGGACUAGGCAUGCUGUGAUCUGCGAUUGAUUGGUUGGUUGGUUGGAUUUAUAAGAUACUCAAAACAUAAACAGCCAAAAACAUCAAAGAGCUAGCAGCCUACAUAAAAAACUCAAAGAUAAUACAAUAACGUCUAUUUUAUUUUACUUUCAUUUUCACCUGUAUCCUUAUCUUCUGUUCUUUCUUUAACCCACAGGCCAGUACUGGGUGGACCCAAACCAGGGGUCUCCUCUGGAUGCUGUCCAGGUCUACUGCAACAUGGAAACCGGAGAGACCUGUGUCUACCCAUCCCAGGAUACCGUCCCCAUGAAGAACUGGUACACCAGCAAGAACAUCAGGGAGAAGAAGCACAUCUGGUUCUCAGAGUCUAUGGACAAUGGCUUCCAGGUAAGGACCAUUCAGCGUAACCAGAUGACAAGUACUCCAAUCAAAAGCUUGGAUAGAAAUGACUUGGACUAACACUCAAACCUGGAUUGCUAGGGACAUGGGACUCGACUUGGACUUGAGGUUUAGUGACCUGCCUUCACUACAACACUACCUUCAUGAUACUAACCCUCCUCCUCUCUCCUCUCCUCUCCAGUUCCACUAUGGUAGCGAGGGCUCCAACCCAGAGGACGUCAACAUCCAGCUGACCUUCAUGCGCCUGAUGUCCAACGAAGCGUCCCAGAACAUCACGUACCACUGCAAGAACAGCAUCGCCUACAUGGACGAGGCCACGGGCAACCUGAAGAAGGCCCUGCUGCUCCAGGGAGCCAACGAGAUCGAGAUCAGAGCCGAGGGCAACAGCCGCUUCACAUACACCGUCAGCGAGGACGGCUGCACGGUGAGACGCUUACUACUACUGUUUACUUUUACUGUCCUCUACUCUCUUCUAUCAUCUUUCAACUCCCUUCUGCGCUCUUCCACUCUGCUGCUAUUCUCUUCUCUCUUCUACUCUCGUAUUUAACUGUCUUCUACCCCUCUUCUACUCUCCUCUCCUCUCUUCUACUCUGUGGUCUUUAUAUCUCUUCUCUCUUUUUUGUGUCGUUCAUCUGCUAUCACAUGAGGUGGUGGUGCAUUGGCUUCAUUUUGAGAUAAGAUAGUGUGAAAUCCAUGUUAUGGAACUAAAUAUAGAUGAAGUGACUAAAUAAAAGAGAGGUUAUGUAGAAGUUAGUGUGUUAUCAAUCCCCUUUACCAGGACUGCUUUUUGAUUCUGACCCAUGCUCUCCUCUCUCACCACUCCACAGUCACAUACCGGCACAUGGGGCAAGACAGUCAUCGACUACAAGACAUCAAAAACAUCUCGCCUGCCCAUCAUUGACAUCGCUCCUAUGGACGUUGGUGCACCUGAUCAGGAGUUUGGCGUCGAAGUUGGCCCCGUCUGCUUCGUAUAA